AUGCGCUGUCGAUCCUUCGAAAGCCAACAUCUGGACCAACCAACUCAAACUGGAAGGAAGAUUCGAAUGCAGCGUGGCCAAUCCAAUCUGCCAUCAUGCGGUCAAGUCAUGCAUGCAAAUCUGGCCGCACCCUUCUGCAUCAAGAAGACCCGCGGGCUGAAAACCAGAGUGUCGAUCCUCCUCCUCCUCUCCGUCGCGACUUUCUGCCUUGCGUACUUCGCGCCGACCACGCUCGCCAGGAAGGAACAGCUUGCCCUGGACACUCAAUCCCACAGGGAUCCCCAAUACAGCGUCGCGCCAGCUGUCAUCGUCGCUGUCACGGUCUCGCUGCGUUCAAGCCAGCAUCGCGCGUCGGAACAGCCGCACCACCACCCCCAUCACAUCGACGAGACCGUCUCGUUCACGGAACCGUCCACGGAACCCUUCCGAUCCCGUCAUUCGUCCUUCUUCCCUUUCCCCAUGCUCGCGCAGCAACGUCCAACGCCGCCAAUGUCUGGACCUUCGUUCUUCUCCCAGAUCUCGUCCUUCUUCGGAGGCAGCGCCGAUGGCUCUUCUCGAAACUCUCCUUCGCGCCGCACCACCGCAUUUGGCUCUGGCUUCGGCUCAUCCUCGCGCAGGGGUCCUCCUCAGGCGCUCAACGCAAACGCUUGGUCGCUUCCGUACAGCUCCAGCAACAACAUCCCACACUCUCCCGCCUACCUCCAAAAUGGCAUCGCCUCGCCCGCCGACAGCCAGUAUCCGCCUGCCUCGGGCAUCGCUCGUGCAUCUUCGCCCUACGGCAAUGAGCACGUCUCUGCCAUCUCCACCAGCUCUGUCGCCGAGUUCAGCAACAUGUAUCCCACCGCUUCCACCUCGACUCUCACCGCUGGUCCAGCUAGCCGCUCGGUGAGCGUCUCCGCCGGAGGAUCCGUCCCCACUAGCGCCUAUCCUCCCAUGCGUCAUACCUGGAAGCGCAUCCGCAAGUGGGCCCACAAAAACUAUCCCGAGAUCUCCGACACGCUCAACUGGCCCUGCUCCGAAGAGGCGCUCGACGAGCUGGAGAUGACCAUCGGGUACGCCCUGCCCAGCUGUGUGCGCGAGUCGUACCUUACCUACGAUGGUCAGGAGCUCGAAUCGAACCAGUCGUGCCAGGACGGUCUGUUCUUCGGCGCAGCGCUCUUGAGCCUGGAGCAGAUCGCCGAGGAGUGGAAGUUUUGGCGCGCAGUCGACGAGGACCCCGAAACGGCCGCCAACCCGCAGGUGCGCAACCUCAUGGCGAGCUGCCCGAACAAGUGGAUUCGCGCCGAAUAUUCGUGCCGCGGCUGGAUCCCUCUCAUCACGGACCACGCUGGAAACUACAUUGGCGUCGAUCUCAGCCCACAUCCCGCAGGAGGAGGAUCGCCUGGUCAGGUCAUCAUCUUUGGCAGGGACUUUGAUACCAAGGUUGUAUGUUGGAAGGGCGAAGGGGCAGGCGGAUGGGGACGAUUCCUGCAGAUGUUUGCUGACGAACUCGAAGCCGGUGCAUUCUGGACGCUCGAAGACCCGAACUCGGGCAGCGACGACGAAGAGGAUAUGAUCGGCUACGAAGGCUAUUUUAGCGGUGGAGGCGCCGGUGCUGGUCAGGGCGGCGGUGAUCGCGGAGGAGAAGGCGCUGCCGGCUUCCGUCUUGCGGGCGAGUACAAGGGAUGGCCUGUGCUGGAAGCAUGGGCGGAUCGCUCGGUGCGCCUGUGGGAGUCGGUCGGAUUGGCGCCGGGCAAGCCGCAGGGGACUCCGCACCUGCAGCAGAAGCCUCUGCCCGAAUCGGUGGUGGACCGACAGUCGCACCAUCUCGACAUACUCGGAGGCGACACGGGCACGCCGCCUGCGCUGCACGCUGUCGACGAGAACGGCGAGGCGAUCGAAGCCGAGGCAAGCGGAUCCAGCCGCAACCCAGCGGUGGGCAGGGAAAUCGAGGGCGAAGUGUCGGUGGAUGGACCGGCACACCCGUUGGCCGACGCUUCGCUCGGCGGAGAUACGAGCGUCGAGAUCCUUCUCGCUGCAGCUGACGAGAGCUCGCCCGUCGAUGCCAACGGUGGCGAUGCUUCGAUCACCAGCGGAAACGAGAGCAUCGAUGCGAAUCUGACUCCUACCAACAGCACACGUCGCGUAUCCGGAAUGCUCUCGCCUCCGCUUCCCGAGACCAAGGCGUCGCUGCGCAAGCAAAAGCAGCGGGAGGAAGGAUGGGGAUCGCCCAUGCUCGGCUCUGCAUCGCCCUCGAUGGGUGGUGGACAGCCACGCCGACCGGUGCGACCGGCGCCUGCUCCGGCGGCCAUGCUGGAUCUGCCCACCUUCGAGGACGUCAAGGCGAUUCAAGCGGCAGCGCUCGCCGACGACGGCAAAUCGCACAGCGUUCAGUUCGAUUCGCAGCAGGGACGUAGUUCGUUUGGCAGCCUAGGGUUCCGCGACUUUGCGGGCAAGAUCGGUGCUGCUGGAAUGGUCAACGGCAACGGUGUGACGAGUCCUCGCGUGGGCGAUGGAAAGCGAUCCGAGUCGGUGGAGUUGGAGACGAGGACGAGUGUAGAGCAGAGGGGAGGGGGAACUUCGAGCCACAUUGUGGGGCAGAGAGGUAGAGCGAGAGGGUUGGGGUUGGAGACGGACGUUGAGGCGACGGCGGAUAGGCUGGCAGGUAUGAAGGUGAAGCCGCAGCAGCCGUCGUUGAUUGAUGCGAAUUCGGCUCCGGGCUCGCCCAUGUUGAGGGGUGAGGCGGAGGUGCCGGCUGCGCUUGCGUAG